GCCAUCACAGAAACCAUCGGGACACAACCACGGCAUCGUCGAUUGCCUUCAAACUUCGUCUCCUGCCUCUACCGACAGCGCGCUUUUUGCCCAUGUGACUCUGACGCCCUGAAUUGCUCCGGUGUCGGCUGACUACGAGCGCGUUUCCGGCGCAUGGCGACCGAGCGACGACCAUCCCCCUAGCCAUCCCGGACCCGGAAAAAUGUCGAUUACAAACGGCCAGCAAGCCUGGCAUACGCCGAACUCGAGCCAGGCCAACGGCAGUCGAAUGAACCAUGGUGUUGUGGACGAUGGCCCGUUGCCGAUGCAGACUCCGAGCGACAACCCACUCGCGCUGAUGCCUGAGGCAUCCGAUCCCGACGACGACCAUCGACGCGCUCACUUCGCAAAUCUGUUUCGGCGCGCCGAAGGAAGGCUUGCGCUGCUGUUUGGCGACAACGGCGAAUACAGCCAGCCUGGCCUCGACACCCUCAAGCGCCCCCCGACUCCGAUCGCACCCCUGCUCCCUCCCGCGACAGACCACGCGCCGGCCCAAGAGCCUCCCCGCAAGAAGGCGAAGCGCGUCAUCGACGAAGACGACUACGGCGAUGACGACGAUGAGGAAGAAGAGGAAGAAGAUUCCGCGCCCACAUCACAAUCCCUACAUCAUAAACGCGCCAAUGACGAUGCCGCUGCGAGAACCCUGCUGUCGCCCUCCAAGUCCGGUAGCUCGCCAGUCCACUCCGUCUCGUCGCCCGGGAGGCACGCCGGCAAGACUCGCGAAGAUGGAUCGCAUACACAAGCCAAGUCCUCCGAGGACGCGCGCAAGGAGCUGGAGGAGGCGCGCAAUGCCACCGAGGUAGCCGCCAAGCAAAGUUUCCACACCCUCUUUUACACGCUAGAAAACGACCGCACGGCCAUGCUUGAGCAGCAACAAUUGGAGGAGUCCGAAAAGCAGUUACAGGCCGAAAUGGACAAGACACAUCACAGCCACACGAGCCAGCCCGAGCAAAACCACGGCUCGCUCAGCAAUGCUAACCUCGGCGCAUCGAGUCUCACCCUGAAGCACCUCAUCGCGAGGAUAGACAUGAAGCGCGACCAAGUGCGCGCAUCCGACGCCGAACUCCGUUCGCUGAUGAACGAAGUCCGUAAGAACAGGAGCAAGUGGGCGAGCGAGGAGAAUGUGGGCCAGGAGGAAUUGUACGAGGCCCUCGAGAAGGUCCUCAGCGAGCUCAAGGCCCACACCGAAUACUCGACUCCGUUCCUGAACAGGGUCAACAAGAGAGAUGCACCCGACUACUAUAACUUCAUCAAACACCCCAUGGACCUCGGAACCAUGACCAAGAAGCUCAAAAGCCUUCAUUUCAAGUCCAAAUCCGAUUUCGUCACCGAUCUCAACCUGAUAUGGGACAAUUGUCUCAAAUACAACCAGGAUAUGGGCCACCCGCUCCGCCGCAUGGCGAACGGCAUGCGUAAGGAGGCCGAGAAGCUCAUCCCACUCAUCCCGGAUGUCACCAUCAGGCCAAGAGCGGAAGUCGAGGCGGAAGAACGCCGGAAACAAAACGGUGGCGAGGAUGACGGAGGCGAUGACAGCGACGACGAACCGAUAAUGUCGUCUCGGGGUCGUAAGGCGGGCACAAAAGGCACGAACAAGUCCCGAAAAGCACCGUCCGACCAGAAGGAAGGCAAGGAGGGAACCCCGAGCGUGGAUCAGAAGCCGGUGCUCCAACUCAACGGAAUCCUCGCCAAAACCCACCGGGAAGGUUCCGAGGUAGACAGCAGCAAUGGUUUCGGCACGCCCCAGAUCGGCGGUUCCCUGACCCCUAACGGUGCCAAUGGCCAAUCCGGCAUCAGCAAUGCCGACGCCAUGGAAAUCGACGGCCCGUCAUUAAACGGCAUGGCCCUCGACCAAGCGUUGGGGGAGGCCGCAGAACAAGCCUACGAGGACGACGCCUACAAAAUAUGGAAGCAGGUCACUAAGAAAGACCGAGCCCUCGUCGCAAAGGAGCGCUACCAACUAUUUGCUGGCAACAAACUCAACCCGGAGGAGCCCGCCCUCUUGAGGAACAAGGGAGGGAUGCGUCGCUUUAUCAAGUCUCGGAAAGAAGCGGAAGCCCUUGGUAUCAUCCACGGCUCGCACCUCGACGCCUCCGCCGGCGGCUCCAAAGAUGGGGCAAAGGCGCCCGAAACGCUCGCCGAGGGCAUGGAGGACGAGGGUAACCGGACAGUCCCUUCAUACUAUGAGCCCCAAACCAUCAUUCCCGAUAUCGACCCAAAGCUUCAAUGGAUCGAGGACGGCGAGGGGCACGUCAUCAACCAACAUGAAGACAUGCUUCGGUUGAUCCAACCUGGUCACUUCCUUCCGCCAGAGAGCCGCCUCACGAGCAAGUUCGACGCCAACAUGCGGCAGAUGCAAGAAACCCGCAAGCUCUGCUCCAAGGUCGGCGUCAUAAAGCAGAUGCAAAUCCAGACUCAUGUGUAUACUAAUCAAUUUCCCAAAUACAACCCAGAGCCCUUUGUAGAAUCUGACGCCGACCCGGCUUUCAUGGCAGGGGAAGGGCCUGUGAUGGCACCGGAGACCUGCCGACUGGCGAUGCAGCGCUCCGUGGCCAAGAUCUUCUACCACGCCGGCUUCGAAGAGCUGCAGCCCUCAGCGCUCGACACGGUAACAGACAUCGCCGGUGACUACUUCCAGAAGCUAGUCCGCACUUUCGGUGUCUACCGGGAAGCCGAGAAGAAGCCGGCCGCGGGCGUCUUCGCGGAACGGGGCGCCCGCUCCCAGCCCCGGUUCACCCCCGAAGAGGUGAUCCUUCACACGCUCAACGAAAACGGCCACGACGUCGAGUCGCUCGAAGGGUACGCCCGCGACGACAUCGACCGGCUCGGCAACAAGCUCGGCCAGAUUCACGAGCGGAUGAAGGCCCAUCUCGCCGACCUGCUCCGCCCGGCCCUCACCGACGGCGGCGCGGACGGCUCCGGCGCCUUCAACGACGGCAGCGACCAGUUCGUCGGCGGCGACUUCGCCGAGGAGCUCGGCGAGGACUUCUUCGGCUUCAAGGCGCUCGGCCUCGACAAGGACUUCGGGCUCGAGAUGAUGUCGGUGCCGCUGCACCUGCUCCAGUCGCGCGUGCGCAACCAGUACCAGAUGCAAACCCAAACCAUCAACGGGCCCAUCACCGAGGACCUGUUCGAGCCGCUGCCCCCCUCGGAACCCGUCACGCGCGAGUCCAUCCAGGAGCAGAUCGGCCUGGUGCGCAACUUCUUCCUGGCCAAGCUGCACGCCAACGGCGACGCGCCGCUGGUGGAGGACGAGGACCUGCCGCCCAAGCAGCGGCGCGCCCGCCCCCGCCUCGGCGCCACGGGCAAGAUCGUCUCCCCGCAGAAGCGCAGCCCCAAGGAGCAGAUCGCCCUCGCCAAGAAGAAGAAGAAGCUCGAGUCCGGCGCCGCCCAGGUCACCGACGGCCUCGGCGCCGCCGCCGCCGCUGCCGCCAAGCCGGGCAGCGUCUCGCCCGAGAAGAAGAAGGCCCUGCAGCAGCGCCUCGAUGGUAAAGGUGGGCCCGUGCUCAACCCCCCUGGUACUGCUGGUGCCGGUGCUGCUGCGCCGGGGGUUAAUGGUGGUGGUCCGAAUGGUCUGGCUGUGCAGCCGGCAUCCGCGGUCGCUGCUGGCGGGGACACCACGGAUGGUGGGGCCAGCCAGGCGACGGAUAAGGAUGAUGCGGCCACGGGCAUGAUGAGCCCGGAGAGCUUGGAGCAUCGGUGAGGGGCCGAUGGUCCCUAGCGUGGGCCGGUAUCAUUCGGCUCUAUUUGGUUUGUGAGAGUAGAAGGGGGGUGGGAUGAGAUGGGUGGGAUAAAAUGGGAUGAUG